AUGAAUACCCUGAAGGGGGAGAAAGCACACAAGAGAGAGCACCAGCAGCUUCUCCAAGACCUACCCGAAGAGGCCUGGAAGUACGUCCCGCUCAGAGUUCGAAGCAUUCUGGCCGCCGCCAAUGCUGCUCACUUGGAGAGGAAGCUUGAGAUUCUUCUCGAUGACAACUACCACCCCAGGUCUGGGCUCGGAAGCCUCACUCGAUCGGCAGCCGGAGUCCGCAAGACAUUCAGUAUGUGGAGGCAGGGUUUCGCUGCCACCGUGGGCUGGUACGAGAGAAUUGGCGUCAACGUCUUCUUCGUUAUCCUCGCUUUCAGUGCUGUCUACCCCGAUGUCGCGGCCGGCUUCCUGGGCGAGCGCUCCUACAACCAGCGGUCAAUCGGGAGCCGUAUCGUCACAUUGAUUCAAUUGUACUUUCUCUGGACCUUUCCGUACCACACUUUCUGGCUCCUCUUCAACUGGAGUCUGGAGCGCCUCCUGGGCGCCUUCGUGGGGAAUUCAGUCUACGCUCUUGUCGCCUUGGUGCCUGCCAUUCGCGUCUCCUACAGGAAAACCUGGUUCAGGACCAUGAUGCUGGUGCUCUCCAUGAGCUGGCAGAUUGGAGUACAGUUCUCCCCCACGGUCCGAGAUUACCUGGUGCGCCUCCUCGUCCGUCGUCAGAUGCGGGCUCUACGGAAGCAGACCAAAUCGGGUGACGAUCGAAUAGACUGGACCGGCGUUGAUAAGGCUGUCCAACUGGAGCUCGUAUCACACAAGGCAUUCGUUGAGCACCAGCAAACUCUGGGCACCGCCCCGCCGUCCUGGCACGAAGUUCCGAUCAAAGUGAGGACGGAACGCUACAUCCACUUCACUAGCACCUUCGAGCUGGGACGCUCCGCCGACCAGCUCAUAGGCCUGCUCAAGAACGACUUGGAGAGCAUAAUAAACACCCUCGAGGACUACAGAUCUACAGCCCCUCGCGUCUCCAACCCCGAAGCCCUGAAUCAGAGUGAUAGAGGGCAUGUUGAGCCGCAGACUCCCAAAUUCUUCCUUGUCUUCUUCGACAUGGCCAUCUUCACCUAUGUUUGUUACUCUUUCUGGACACAGCCCUUCACUUUCAACACCGUUCUGGCGUAUAGCACAGUCGUGGUCAUCAGGCAAACCAUCCUGGCCCUCAAGCGAUACCAGACAAUCAAGGGUGCGCGCCGCCUCUUCACAAACAUGGUCUCGAUCAACAUCAUUGGUAUGCUGCUCGUCUCAACGCCGGUAACCAUCGACAGGCAGGUUCUGGCGAAGAAUGAAAACAUGGUGGCUCUGACCCUGGCCAUGGUCUUCGCGACCUUGUUUCUGUCCGAGCCAAUUGCACCGGCGCUGUUAACACUGACAGAAAAGGGCGUGGCCGCCUUCACCCAGCUGAAGGCGAGGAUCAGUCGCCGAAAAGAGCAGAAGGGCUCUCGGGCGGAUCAGGCAGAAAAACGGGGCGAGGGCGAAAGGAAUAGAGUGUGA